AUGUUAAAUGAAAGAGGUCGACGAACUCGAAACGCUCAUAUCAGCUUCAACGACGAUACUCUUCAAGGGAUUGGUAUUUACAGACUAUGGGCGGAAGUGUUCCACGUGUCAGCCAGCGGCGCCGGCACUGUGAAGUGGCAGCAGGUGUCAGAAGAUCUAGUGCCGGUCAACAUCACCUGCAUUCAGGACUCGCCCGAGUGCGUGUUCCACAUCACUGCUUAUAAUUCACAAGUUGACAAAAUACUUGACGUCAGACUACUGCAGCCCGGCACUCGGAUAGGUCAAGCUUCAGAAUGCUUCGUGUAUUGGAAAGAUCCUAUGAGAAAUGAUACGUGGGGACUUAACUUCACCUCUCCCAUUGAUGCCAAACAAUUUAGAGAAUGUUGUUCCCCAUCAUUUAAAUUCUCCCGCAAAGCUUCUUCAAGCUAUAGCCUAAAGCUGGAACCUCCGGGUAGCAAGCAAAAGUUCAAGGCCAAAAGAAAGCCGGUGUCAACACCUGCAAGCCCAAAUAGAUCCAGUUUGACAUAUCGCGAGCUACAUUGCACAUGCAUGACACAAGAACAAUAUGCACGGUUGAGAGCACAAGAUCCACGUUAUCGUUCGUCAACUCUACCUCGAACUACUACUCGUGCAAUCGAAACAGACGUAGGUGCGGCGAGCACCGCCGGCCGCUCGGAAAAGGUUGCUGCAGCCACUUCAUCUACUUCACUUUAUGACAACGUUACCAACUCACAGCCACCUCCUAAGCCAGCAUCCAGACAGGCUGAAAGUCAGCCACCAACACGACCACCCAAGUCUCAGGAGACGUCGACCAUGACUACUAACACUUCAACUGCACCCAAAACAGUCACUGCCUCAGUAGGAACGCAUGGUACUAAUACUACGGAAGAACCCCAAGCUAGCGGGGGAGGAGCUUCGUCUCAACACAAUCAGGAUCUGAAAUCAGAAGGCGUCCAGGCUGGUGGUACUCUCACAACCUCUAAAUCCUCUGCUACUUCCACACGUUCGGGCAAAGAGCAUUUGCCACAUAUGGGCAAGAGCGUCGACUACGGCGACGAGAAUGAAUCAGACUGUAUCCAUUUUCAGUCAAGGGAAUCGGAUAGACACACAGCACAUCAUCACAACGUUAUAAAUAACAAUACAUCAGGAUCUAGGCGCACUAAGUCCAAGAGUACUGAAGAUAUGAAUAUGGACGCAAAUACAUUGAAACGCAUGCUAAAACCAAUGCCGUCAACGGAGAGCCCUGUAACCUCACCGGAGAUGGGUAGACGGCGAUAUGGCGGUGCGGCACCGUGCCCGCCGUCGUGCGGAUCACAUGGACAUCGUCACCAACAGCACAUGCACCACGGGCACUACUCGCAUGUAGUCAACAAUAAUAGCAGACAAAGCUCUCAGCGUCGCGGCGUUGGAGUAGGAGCAGCUCCUAGUGGUUAUCCCGGUCGUGGCCUAUAUUUGGAACUAGGAGGCGGAGAACGUGAUAUGUCUCCUCCUUCAGACAACGUGAUGUUUGACAAUCAAUGCUAUGCGACCACGCCGUCGUCAUCCAAUGGGAAUUCUGACCAGGACUCGUGCCAACGACGCGAUUCAAGGCAACAUCAUCAUGCAAAGCCGUGUCUAUCUCGUCAAGCGUCCCAGUCAAGCGCUACACCAGCUCCAGGAUCACCCACGUCUCGUCUGCUGCUUGAGUAUGAGAUGCACUUAAGAAACACCCUUGCUAAAGGCAUGGACGCUGAAAGUUAUAGCCUACACACCUUCGAAGCAAUGCUCAGCCAGAGUAUGGAGGAUUUAGAAUUCAAUGACAACAUGCCGCCAUCAAAUCAACGUAGCCCUUAUCCACCUCGACUACGACCGACCCAAGAAUCAAUUCUACAAUCUUUGAGACACCUCAAGGAGGCUGCGAUAAGGGAAAGAGAAGCAGCACAAUGCUCCGGUGGUGGCAGUCGAUCUUCUACUUUACCAUUGCCUCAUCGCCUUGGCGUGGAGAGACAGCACAGUGCACGAUCGGACCGUGACGGAUACUAUAGUGACCGCAACGAACUUAUGCGGGAACGUGAGCGUGAUCGAGAACGUGGUUACUUGAGUGAUCACAAUUCCAGGGAGCGAUCAGGGAGAGAUCGUGAUCGCGAUCGUGAAGGAUAUCUUAGUGACCAUCAAUCAAGCUUCGUGAGCACAUCCCGUUGCGCUUCAUGCAUCGGUGAGUCAGCCCGGGCAGCAUGGUACCGUCACUCGGACGGGUGGCGCGGUGCCCCACCGCCCGGGCCUCGCCGUUCACCCUGGGACUCCCUGCCCAGUCUCCGACACAACGAUAGCCUUAAUGACUCCGGUUACAGGAGUACCAGAGCUGACAGCUUCGAGCAGCGGGGUAUUUUUGAUCGACAAGAUAGCGUCCGUUCGGAGUACACAAGCGAUCGUGAGUCAACACGCUAUGGAAUUGUUCAACAAGCAUCCAUUGAUAGCACUGACUCCCGUAUAUGUUACCUGACAUCUAGUGAGGUCGAGAUCUGGGUGUUUCGUUCUCGUUCGGAGGCAAUCGGCGGAGCCUGCGCGGCUGCAAAGUAG